AGCUCCCAUUCCUUAUCGCACGAUUCUCCCCCUCCCCAAACCCUUUUCGACGCAUGGAGCACUACGCAACCCUCUCCAAUGGCGACGACGCCCCCUCCCUCUCCAACGGCAGCGACGAAACCCUAAGCCAGAUCUCCCACUAUUCCUCCGCCGGCGACUCCCACGAGAACAUCGGCGGCGGCGGCGGCGGCCGCGGCGAUGGCGAGUUUAAGGGGCUCAUGGCGGAGAUCGGGAGCUUGAAGGCGGAGAAGCGGGAGCUCGAGCGCCAGCUCGAGGAGGCGCGGCGCGAGCGCGGCGUCGUCGCCGCCGAGGCCCACCGCCUCGAGGGCGAGAUCGAGCGCGUGCGCACGGACCUCGUCGCCGCCGCCUCCGCCGCGAUGGAUGCCGAUGCCCUGGCGGAGGAGCUCAGAGCCGAGCGGGACAAGCUCAGGGCCGAGAUCGAGAAGCUCUCCGCCGCGGCGGAGUUGAAGGAGAGGGCGAUCGCCGCGCUGGAGCGGAUGGUGGGGACUCUGGAAGAGGCCAAGGAGAAGGCGGCGAAGGUGAGCAGGGAGCGCGAGGAGGAUCUGAUGAAGCGGAACGCGCUUCUGCUGGCGAAGAUCCAGGAGAAGGACAUCGCCCUGACGAAACUCAGCAAGAGUAACUCCUCUCUGGAAGAGGAGAUUAUCAAGCUUAAGGAUGCCCUCAUGGUGUCCAAGGAGAGGAACGCCGUGCUCGAAGGCGAGAUCGGCGAGAAGACGAACGACGCGGAGGCCGCCUCCCCCGCCCCCGCCACUGCCGCAGUGCUCGGGGCCGUAGCGCUCGGAGCGGCGUCGGCGGGAGCUGCGGCCGCUGCGGCUGUGACCGCGGUUUACCUUCACCGUAGAAGGUAGAGGUUUACUAUUUUUGCUACACAAGAAACAUCUCUGAUGAGGGCUUUACUCAUCUGCUGCUAUUACUGCUUUGUUGGGCAAAACUGUUGUUGCCGAGUCUUUCGAAUGCCUUCUUGGGAAGUUUCUGAUAAGAAUUCUAGCCUAACUUUUUGACUGGAAAUGGAUUGUUGUUGGGCCAGAUUUUUGUUAGGGCAUGAAGAUUUGUCACUUGGUGAAUGCUAUGUUUCUUACAUACUAUGAUUUGUGAGGAUUUGGAAAAAGUAAUCUUGAUUGUGUUUGCUUUGCUGUUGUUUAUUGUGAAUUCUCGAUGUUCUAUUUUAAGUGUGUUGCCUACCGAGUCACUUGGUUGUUCGUAAUUUGAAGUAGUGUGAGAGCCUUGAAGAGUUUGUGUAUCUCUUUGAAUGCUUCUAUUGGGAAUUUUCUGAUAAGAAUUGUAGCCCAACUUUUUGAUCGGAA